UUGGAAGACCCACAAAGAGAUCGAGCCACGAGGAGAGGGAGACGAGAGACGAGGCACGACCUCCUCUCCUCCUCCUCUAAACCCUAACCUCUCUGAUCGGUUGCUCUCAACGGAUGGCCCUCUCUGCUCCGAUCGGCUCCUCACUUCCCUUCUCCUCGUCGUCGGCUCUUUGUCCCCGCCGUCGUCCCCUACUCCACCUCCUCCGCCAACCCUAUUGCAAUCGCCCACUUUCCCUCAGGGUCUCCUCAUCCAUCUCCGAUUCGCAGAACACUAAUCCGAAUGCUGUCUCCAAGUCUUUACACGUCAAGCCUCUGGAAUCGGUGCGAUUCGAUCGGCUGCUGACGAGCAGCACCGAGGAGGAGAUGGGCGAGGGGUUCUUCGAAGCGAUCGAGGAGCUGGAGCGGAUGGUGCGGGACCCAUCCGAUGUCCUUGGGGAGUUGGUCGAGCGGCUGUCGGCGCGGGAGCUGCAGCUCGUGUUAGUCUACUUCGCGCAGGAGGGGAGGGACUCCUACUGCGCGCUCGAGGUCUUCGAUUGGCUCCGGAAGGAGAACCGGGUCGAUGCGGAGACGAUGGAGCUCAUGGUAUCCAUCGCAUGUGGGUGGAUCGAGAGGUUGAUCGGUGGAGAGCAUGCGCCGGAGGACGUGAUGACGCUGCUGAAUGAGAUGGAGUGCGUAGGUCUCGAUCCGGGGUUCAGCAUGGUGGAAAAGGUGGUGUCUUUGUACUGGGACAGGGGGAAGGAGGACGAGGCUAUAGCCUUUGUUAAGGAUGUUCUGAAACGAGGGGGAAUCGGAGGCUAUAAGAUCGAAGAAGGGCACGAGGGCGAAAGAGGAGGACCAGUAGGGUAUCUCGUCUGGAAGAUGAUGGUAGAUGGAGAUUAUCUGGGUGCAGUUAAAUUAGUUAUCGAAUUUAAAGAGAAUGGGUUGAAGCCUGAAGUUUAUAGUUACCUAAUUGCUUUGACGGCAUUGGUUAAAGAGCAAAAGGAGUUCUCAAAAGCUUUGCGUAAGUUGAAGGUUUCAAUUAAGGCAGGCUUGAUUAACGCACUGGAUGCUGAGAAUUUGGGCAAUAUUGAAAAGUAUCAGUCAGCCCUUAUAAGGAAUGGAAUCCUUUUGUCAGACUGGGCACUGCAAGAGGGUAGUUCAGCAAUUUCUGGAGUUGUUCAUGAGAGGCUCCUUGCACUGUAUACUUGUGCUGGUUUUGGACAUGAGGCGGAGCAGCAGUUGUGGCUAAUGAAACUUUCAGGUAAGGAGCCUGACAGGGAACUUUAUGAUGCUGUGCUAGCAAUUUGUGCUUCCCAAAAGGAAGCUGGUGCUGUCGGUCGGUUGCUUGCUGGAGUGGAGAUUAUGAGUGUUGGGCUUAGGAAAAAGACAUUAUCAUGGCUGCUACGAGGCUAUGUGAAAGGAGGGUUUUAUGUAGACGCUUCAGAAACCCUCAUAAAAAUGCUCAACUUGGGCAUAAGCCCAGAGUACUUGGAUAGGGCUGCCGUUUUGCAAGGACUAAGAAAAAACAUACAAGAAUCUGGAAACAUUGAACCUUACAUCAAACUUUGCAAGCACCUCUCUGAUAAGGAUCUCGUUGGACCCUGUCUUUUAUAUAUGUACAUACACAAGUAUAAACUGUGGAUUCUGAAAAUGCUUUGAAAGAUUUGUUCAUUUACCCUCUGCUAGUCAGAUAAGUGAAUGAAUUACUCUUGCAAAAUGUUUAUAUUUGAGAUCUCAUGUGAACUUGCAAAGGAUGCCGGGCAGAAGAGUGAGUGUAGUGGGCACACAUACAGGUAUCAAUAUGAAGUGUUACGAGUUGUAAAAAGAGUAGAAUGUGUAUACUUGUAUCAUCCAGGAAUUACCAUAUUAUUACGACUGUUGUUAUAUUUUGUAUAGUUAUAAUUUCACAUCUUGUGGAAAUUGUACAGUGGUUGGCUUUUGGUUGUUCCAAGAUAAUGGGGCUUGUAAUCAAAGCUAUCAAAGUAGUUCGUCAAAUCAGAUGCCUUGUGCUCUCCAUUUUAUGGAAUAUUGGACACCGAUGCAGGUGCCUCCUCCUUUCUUCGUUUGGUGUACCUGAAAUUCUAGCUCCAUCCUAGUGUAAUUAAGAUUUAUUGGCAAUAAAUCUAUUUGUUAUUUUCA